CUCUCAGCCUCGCUUCCCUACAUUCAUCUUCAUCCCCCUUUUAUCCACUCCUUUCUGCCCCUACUCUGGUACAAUCAUGAAGCUCUCUUUGAAAGCUGUCGUCGCAGUAAGCGCACUCUUGGCCACAGCUGCCGUCGCCGCCCCAAUCGAGAAACGUGAUGCCACUUCUGAUCGCAUUGCCGCGUGCUUUGUUGGCCUUCUCCUUACUGGAGCCUGGCCAGGAUCCUGUCAAGCAGCCGUUGCUGUGGAUAUGGGUUUGAUUAAAAGCAUUGAGGUCAAUCAAAUGUCUAUGGAUUUCACACCAUCUAACCCAUGGGCACCUACUACGUCCUCCAGCAGCAUUGUCGCCACAAUGCUUGGUAUCCCUGGUAUUUCUCUCCCUAUUACCUCUAUCCGCCAGCACAUUAUUAUCGUUGACAAUGGUGUUGAGAUUGGCAACAUCGAAACCCCAUGGUCCCCUGCCAGCGUCAGUGGCUCUAAGCUGACGAGCUCCUUCGCUUCCUCAACCCUGAAUGUUUUCUCAUCGUCACACGCGGCCUUCUCGGGCUUUAUUAGCUCCCUGUCUACCAAGGCGUCCCAUCCCGUGACACUCAAAGGAUCCGUGGAUGCUCAAAUGAACUUGGGUCCCCUUGGCAAAAGAACUAUUUCAGGCAUUGGCUUCAAGGCAACUGUCCCAUUCUUAGGCCUCGAUAACUUGAAGCAGGUCAAGUACGUCUACAUGGUUGAUACAGAUAUGGCGACCCAGCCUGGCUUCAUGCGUUUGUCCUCCAUCAUCAACAUCGUAAACCCCAGCAAGCUGACCUUGUCACUCGGUGACGUUGGAUUCAGUACUUCCUAUAAAGGCCAACCUGCUGGUAUUUCAACCGUCAGCGGCUUGACUUUGAAACCUGGUGACAAUUAUUUGCUCUCGCUCACCUCCUUGGAUACAAAACUUUCCGCUGCUCAGCAACUUAUGCUUGAUCUCCCCAAUGCUGAUGUCCCACUCACUUUGACAGGUUAUGCAUCAUCUUCUCAGAACCCUGCUCUCAAUGCGGGCUUGGCUACUGUGUCGAGCCAGAUGGUCGUGCCUCAGAACUUCCAAGGUUUAACCAUGUCGCAACCACCCCAUAAGGACUGGUCUCUGAAGACGCUCCCAAACACUAACACUGAUGGUGUGGUCCAAGUCACUGCCACCUUCCAGUCACCCUACUAUGGACUCCCUCUGGAAUUCAAGGAUGCUCAAACUGUAGGUUAUGAUAGCAUGGCAAUAAUCGGCAGCGCCGCCGGUAUCAGUGGAGUCAACCUGUUCCGUUUCAUGGACAAUUUGACCUUCUCAGUCUCAGGUACUGGCUCGACUACAAUUUCAUUCAAUGUAGGCCUUGUCACUGAUUUUGGUGCCGGUUCUAAAGCUCAGUGGACUGAUAUUGUGAACUAUGCUAAGGCCAAUGGACACCUCCCCAUCCAAUUCGACUGGAUUGCCGGCAUUGUCCUCAACAACGACAGCACCUAUCGCUACGUUGACUGGGGCAGCAUCGGUACUGGCUUGGGUGAUGUCAACAUUGCCGUCGGUCGUGACUUUGAAUCUAUCCUUGGUGCCUUCCCUUAA